AUGCCUGCCGUUACCUUACACUUAAGAGCUGAAACUAAACCUCUAGAAGCACGUGCUGCUUUAACGCCUACCACAGUCAAGAAGCUGAUAUCCAAGGACUUCAAAAUAUACGUAGAAGACAGCCCACAGUCUACUUUCAACAUCAAUGAAUACCGUCAAGCAGGUGCCAUCAUAGUGCCCGCAGGUUCAUGGAAAACCGCUCCACGCGACAGAAUCAUCAUAGGUUUAAAGGAAAUGCCUGAAACAGAUACUUUCCCCCUAGUGCACGAGCACGUCCAGUUUGCCCACUGUUAUAAAGACCAGGCUGGGUGGCAAGAUGUCCUUAACAGGUUUAUCAAGGGCCACGGUACUCUAUACGAUCUGGAAUUUUUGGAAAAUGACCAAGGCAGAAGAGUUGCUGCCUUUGGUUUUUACGCCGGGUUUGCAGGUGCUGCCCUAGGUGUAAAAGAUUGGGCAUUCAAGCAAACACAUUCUGACGAUGAAGAUUUGCCCGCAGUAACCCCAUACCCUAACGAAAAGGCUUUGGUUAAAGACAUUACCAGGGACUACAAACAAGCUUUGGCCACGGGCGCCAGAAAACCAACUGUCUUGAUCAUCGGCGCUUUGGGGAGAUGUGGCUCUGGUGCCAUUGAUCUCUUGCACAAAAUCGGCGUUCCUGAUGCCAAUAUAUUGAAAUGGGAUAUGAAGGAAACCUCCCGCGGUGGUCCCUUUGAAGAAAUUCCACAAGCAGAUAUUUUCAUUAACUGUAUAUAUCUAUCAAAACCAAUUGCACCUUUUACCAACAUGGAGAAACUGAAUAACCCUAACAGAAGACUAAGGACUGUGGUGGACGUGUCAGCUGACACCACCAAUCCUCACAAUCCUAUCCCAAUAUACACGGUGGCUACUGUGUUCAACGAACCCACUGUGCUGGUACCCACCACUGUUGGGCCUAAAUUAUCUGUCAUUUCCAUCGAUCAUUUGCCCUCUUUACUACCAAGAGAAGCUUCAGAGUUUUUCUCGCAUGACCUUCUGCCAUCUUUAGAACUACUGCCUCAAAGGAGAACUGCUCCUGUUUGGGUUAGAGCUAAGAAACUGUUCGACAGGCACUGUGCUCGCGUUAGAAGAUCUUCAAGACUAUAG